AUUUAGUAGUCUUAGGAGAAGGUUGCAGUAAUCAAAAGCGAGAACGAAGAUGGAAGUGCAAAAUUCUGAACAAAGGCAUAUAAUUGAAAUAUGUGGAGAUGUGCCAGCUGCAGAGACAAGCCUGGGUGGAAGUAAGAUUUGUGGAGGUGCAGUGUGUGGGUUUUCUGAUGCUCAAACCAGUUCUAAAGAUGCAAAGGAACGCACAGCCUCAACGCGGAAACUUUUGAUGGCGGUAGUGCUCUGCAUUGUCUUUAUGAUCAUAGAAGUAGGUGGAGGAAUUAAAGCCAACAGUCUUGCAAUCUUAACUGAUGCAGCUCAUCUCUUGUCAGAUGUUGCCGCAUUUGCAAUCUCCUUGUUCUCUCUUUGGGCAUCAGGGUGGGAGGCAACUCCACGUCAAUCUUAUGGAUUCUUUAGAAUUGAAAUUCUUGGUGCCCUUGUUUCCAUCCAGAUGAUAUGGCUUCUAGCUGGCAUCCUUGUUUAUGAAGCCAUAGCUAGACUUAUCCACCAUACAGGUGAAGUCCAAGGCUUUCUCAUGUUUGUGGUUUCUGCAUUUGGUCUAGUAGUUAAUAUUGCUAUGGCUCUCUUGUUGGGUCAUGAUCAUGGGCAUCACCAUGGCCAUGACCAUAGUCAUCACCAUGGUGGGAAUGAUCAUGACCACCACGAUCAUAGUUAUAGCCAUGACAAGGAACCACAUAAUCAUGGAUUAAUUAUAACUUCUCAUCAUCACCACCGUCAUCAUGGCUCAAAUUCUGAACUAGAUGAUGAACAUCAUCAUACUCAAGAAGCUGACCACCUAGAGCCUCUGCUUAAGAGCUACUCAGAUUGUGAAAAAAAUUCAGAAAGUGGAGCACCUCGGAAGAAGGAAAGAAACAUCAAUGUUCAAGGGGCUUAUCUUCAUGUCCUAGGGGAUUCCAUUCAAAGUGGAGUGAUGAUUGGUGGAGCAAUUAUUUGGUACAAGCCUGAGUGGAAAAUAAUUGAUCUGAUAUGCACCCUUGUAUUCUCUAUUAUUGUGCUGGGAACAACCAUCAGGAUGCUAAGGAACAUUUUGGAAGUUCUUAUGGAGAGCACACCCCGAGAAAUUGAUGCCACAAGGCUUGAGAAGGGUUUAUGUGAGAUGGAUGAGGUUGUUGCCAUGCAUGAACUGCACAUUUGGGCUAUAACUGUUGGCAAGGUGUUAUUAGCUUGCCAUGUCUUAAUUAAGCGUGAAGCUGAUGCUGACAUGGUAUUGAACAAGGUUAUAGAUCAUAUCAGGAGAGAAUACAAUAUCAGUCAUGUGACUAUUCAGAUAGAGCGCCAGUAAAUCCAUGGCGCAAUAAAUUUUGUAAUUUUACUGUUCUUGGCUGGUUUAUUUUUAAGAUUUCUAGCUACCCUUGUCUAUGUUGCUUGUGUUUGCAAAUCUCCCAUCACGUAGCAAGCUCGUUAUAUCAUCCCAAAGGGGAGGCUAGGUGA